AGCUGUGCGUUGCUGCUGUUCAUUCGGUGGGUCGGUGCGUCUCUCGAUCUCGAUCUCGUGGGGUUCGCGUGGAAUGUGAGCAUGUGUCCGCGGCCGAGGCGAUCCGGCGCGCAGCUGUCCCGGCUGAGCGUGCUGCUGGGCGUCGCGGCCACCGCCGUUAUGGCCCUCGCCGUGCUCACCAACGUGUGGAUUUACACGCACGAGCCGGUGCGGAUGCCCAACUCGGACGCCACAGUCGCCGCCACCUUCAAGAUCGGCUUCUGGAAGGUGUGCUCGCACUUCAAGCGCGGCGCCAACAUGACCAGACCGCUGCCGUCGCCGCAGUGCAACUCGGUCAAGUACCUUAAUUGGAACGACGUCAAGUCCUCGGACCUGGGCCUGUGGACGCAGCUCGAGUUUACUCCCUCCUUCAUCUCCAGAAUGAGAUGGUCAAUGCCGUUCGGCGGCGUGGCGGUGGUGCUGAUGAUUCUGGCGACGCUGUUCGCACUCGUGGGCCACUUCAACAGCGACCAGAAAACCCUUUUGGCCAGCUGGCUCUACAUUUUGGCAGGGCUUAGCAUGGGCGGCGGCUUGGUGGUGAUCGGCGUGGCGCUGAACGACGCCUUCUGGGAGCGGCCGCGGCGCGACGUGUAUUCGGCGCAGGGCCGCGUGGUGGUGUCGGCGGCCGACUUCUCGUACCGCUACGGCUGGUCGCUGGUGGCGGCCGGCGCGGCCAUGGUGGCCGCCGAGGUGGCCGCCCUGCUCGGCGUGGCCGCCUACCUGCGGCGCUACCCCAGCGUCGAGGACAUGGUGCGGCUCGUGGUGCCCGGCCUCGAGCGAAAACUCAACGAGUCCUUCUCCAGCGGCGACUACGUCGUCCGCCGCACGCUCAGCACCGACGACCGCGCCUCCACCAGCGCCUCCGGCGCCGCCGACGCCGCAGCCUCCCGCUCCGUCGAGGCCCUCGUCGCCUGCGACGCCGAUGGCGCUGAAAAUCCGCUUCUCAUGCGCAAGAAACCCGCGGAAUUUGUCCAGGUGGUGGCGCCGGACGUGUGCAACCAGCAGUGCUGCGACGAGGGCCAGCUGGUGGUGGUGGUGACGGGCGGGGGUCCCGGGGCGGCGCUGAUGGGGGGCCAGCCGCACGUGGCGCACCCUGUGGCGCCGCCUGUGGCGCCGCAGCGCGUGUUCUCCGAGCUGCGCGCGUCGCGGGCCAUGAACACGGCGUCGCUGCUGAAGAAGAAAAGCGUGACGAUCGGCACGUUCACCACGAUGGAGGGGCCGCACGCGGCCACGGCGGCCACGCUGCCGCGGGCGGCGGCCGGCGGCGGCGGCGGCGGCGGCCACUACUCGAGCGCCGUCUGACGCUCGGCGGCCACCAGGCUCUAGCGCACGUCGCUCGAGGACGUCGCCGACGUGGCGCUCUGACUGCUCCGGCCGCCCACUCGCCUGCGUGGCCGCCCCACUGGACUCGCGCGCGGCCACCGUGGCCGCCCGCACCCUAUAUCACUGUUGUUACACCACCACCACCACCACCGCCACUAUAGUUGUUGUUAUCCUAAUUAUACACACCACCACACAGCCCAGCGUUAUUAUUGCUAAUCGACGUUUCUCCUUCACGCACCCACGGCGGAAAAAUCCUUUUCUGUGCAGACUAAAAAUUUAAA